UCCUCUCUGCUUCUUGCCAACAUCUUGUGGAGUGUAAUACGAGGAGCGUACCGGGUGCAGCGCGGAUCAUCCUCAACUCACUGACUCUGUGUGGGAUUUACCGAGGCAGGGGCUGCAGUCAGUCCCAUCCUCAAGGAGCGAGAGGCGCACUUACAGACGGAGCAGAAUUAAGAGCAGAGCGCAAACCGGAGCAUCAGCAUCUCCUCUGGCUUCUGAGAGGACCAGAGUUACUGAGAGAAAUGGCAUCUGCUCACUAGAGUCACCAAAAAAAAAACUGACACUGGAAUACAAUCAAAGCAGUUUAAUGAAGAGGAAAAAAUAGACCAAAUUAAAAUUCUUGUAUUCAAGGGAGCGCAUUCCAGUCGACAGCAAUUGGAUGAGAGUCUUAUUAGCCCUCGGCAACUAAAGAUGAUGUUUCCAUGGAAACAAAUUGUUCUGCUAUCAAUCACCGGAUGCCUUGCAGCCUGUACAGAGGAUGUCAUAUUUCAAGGGCCAAGAUGGAGGACGGAGCCAAGUGACCUCAUUUUGCCGAUCGACUCCCCGGACCAGCAGGCUACCAUCACGUGCGAGGCAGAGGGGAGCCCUCCUCCGCAGUACAGAUGGUCACUAAACGGAACACUCAUUGAUCUGGGGAAUGACUACCGGCGUCACAUGUCUGGGGGCAGCCUGAUCAUUAGCAAGCUGGACAAGGACCAAGACAUCGGGGUAUACCAGUGCACAGCCUUCAACACGUGGGGGUCCAUCCUCAGUCGCAGAGCCAGCCUGCAAUUUGCAUAUCUUGAUAACUUCAAAACUCAAACAGUGAGGAGCGCUGUGAACGUCCGCGAGGGCCAAGGAGUGGUUCUGUUAUGUGGACCUCCUACAUAUUCUGGAGAGCUGACAUUUGCAUGGAUCUUCAAUGAAUACCCGUACUUUGUCCAGCAAGACAACAGGCGAUUCAUUUCUCAAGAGACCGGGAGUCUGUACAUCGCUAAAGUGGAGACCUCGGAUGUUGGCAACUACACCUGUGUGGUUAACAACACCGUCUCAAGGGAGAAGGUGCUCAGCUCUCCAACACCACUGGUCCUCAGAAGUGACGGAGUAAUGGGGGAAUAUGAACCCAAAAUAGAAGUUCAUUUCCCUGAUUCGGUUCCAGCUGCGAAGGAAUCGUUGGUGAAACUAGAAUGCUUCGCUCUGGGAAACCCUGUCCCUGAAAUAAGCUGGAGGAGAACCAGCGGCAUCCCGUUCCCCAGCAAAGUGAAAAUGAAGAAUUCAAACGCCGUCCUUGAAAUCCCCAAUUUCCAGCAGGAAGAUGCUGGGACAUACGAAUGUAUGGCAGAGAAUCGGCGAGGCAAAAACGCUGCACGGGGUCGUAUCUCAUUCCAUGCUAAACCUCACUGGCUCCAGACAAUGACGGACACGGCUCUGUCCAUCGAAGAAAACCUCUUUUGGGAGUGCAAGGCCAAUGGAAAGCCCAAACCGUCCUACAGCUGGCUGAAGAAUGGGGAGCAAGUGAUGGCUGAGGGCCAGGUACAAAUCGAAAACGGGGCCCUCUCCAUAGCCGCGUUAAACCUGUCCAAUUCAGGGAUGUAUCAGUGUGUGGCUGAAAACAAACAUGGCAUUAUUUAUUCCGGUGCCCAACUAAUGGUGUUAGCUUCACCUCCCAGUUUCUCCAAAAGUCCAUUAAGGGCCCUUCUAAAAGCCCGUUCAGGAAGCGAAGUCACUCUCGAAUGCAAGCCCGAGGCUUCGCCCCCAGCAAUUAGCCUGUGGAAGAAAGGGAAUGAGAUCCUGCAGAGAAGCGAAAGGAUUACUUUGCUUCCCAACGGGACUUUGAAAAUCGCCAAUGUUACCAGACGGGAUGCAGCCAUCUACACUUGCAUGGCUAAGAAUCAGUUUGGGACAGCAAGCACGAGUGGGAGGCUGCUCAUCACCGAGCCCACCAGGAUCACCAUGAGGCCCACUAACAUGGAGAUUAUUGUUGGCGAGAGCAUCGUGUUACCCUGCCAGAUUGCCUGCGAUCCAGCUCUGGAUGUUUCCUUCUCGUGGGCAUUUAACGGCCAGCUCAUCGACUUCCAGCGAGACAGCGAUCAUUUCGAAAGAGUGGGCGGGAGUAUAUCAGGGGAUCUAAUGGUUCGUAACAUCCAGCUGAACCACGGAGGAAAAUAUGUCUGUGUUAUUGACACUGAUGUGGAGAGCCUGUCCACUUCUGCCAUCUUAGUUGUGAAAGGUCCGCCAGGUCCUCCAGACAGGGUGUCGGUGGAGGAGAUCACAGACAGCACUGCCCAGCUUUCCUGGACUCCCGGAAGGGACAAUGGCAGCCCCAUCACCGGCUACAUCAUCCAGGCCAGGACUCCUUUUACUGUGGGCUGGCAGGUUGUUGACACAGUGCCGGAGGUGGUCAACGGUAACAUGCUGACAGCCACGGUGGCGGGUCUGAACGCCUGGGUGGAGUACGAGUUCAGGGUGGUGGCCCGCAAUACCGUGGGCCUCGGAGAGCCAAGUCCAUCCUCGGCCAAGACCAGGACAGAGGAUACCCUUCCUGAUACAGCUCCCACUGAUGUCGGAGGUGGAGGCGGCACAAAGUCUGAAUUAGUGAUAACAUGGGAGCCUGUUCCCGAGGAACUGCAGAACGGAGAGGGCUUUGGGUACAUCAUCGCCUUCAGACCCGUUGGCACAGACACGUGGACCCGGGCGGUUAUCUCCACACCCGGCGUGUCUCGUUACGACUUCCGCAACGACACCAUCCCAGCCUUCUCGCCAUUUGACGUGAAAGUGGGGGCGUUCAACAACCGAGGGGAGGGGCCCUUCAGCUCUAUCGCCACUGUGUUCUCGGCAGAGGAAGUCCCCUGUGUGGCUCCUAUGAGGGUUAGGACUCGGAGUGUGUCUGCGGUGCAAAUUGAAGUGAUCUGGGAAGCUCUUCCUGCUAUAUCGGAAAGAGUGCUCGGAUAUGAGGUCAUGUACUGGGAAGACGACACCAAGCCAGACACCAUUGGCAAAGUGCGCAUAUCUGGAAACUACACACUGGUUAACAUUACGGGGCUGAAAGCAAACACAGUGUACUACCUCUGUGUGGCCGCAUUCAAUACGGGCGGCCCCGGGCCACAGUCUGCGUCCAUCAACACCACCACAAAGAAACCACCUCCAGAUCGGGCUCCUCUCAACAUACAAUGGACCAUGAUUGGCUCCACCCUCACGAUGCACUGGGAUCCUGUAGUUGCUUUGGAGACAGAGUCAAAGGUCACUGGAUACUUGGUCCUGCUGAAAAGACACCACAACAAUGACAUCAGCGCCAUCUCCACCAACAAGACCACCGUGGAGCUAAGCCUCUCUGCUAACGACAACUAUCUCAUUCAGAUCAAGGCCAUGAGUGAGGGCGGUGAAGGUGUGGGCAGUGAACCCAUCCACAUCCAUAAAUUAAGCAUGGGAGCGCGAGGCUCAAGAGCGACUCGCCUCAGCCCAUUGUACGUCUCUGCAGUCCUCAUCGGCGCACUGCUCUGCUCCGCCUGGUGAUGUCUAAUCGGAGCCUACUGAGCGCCCUCCCUCCCCCUCCAUCCCUUCUGUCAGCCCGUCCACUGGACUGGCACAAGGCCCGGACUUCAGUGGCAGAACUGGGAAAGACUGGACAGCACUGGACUCUGCCAAUCUCUUAAAGGGACCACGCCAAUUUGUUUUAAAGGGCCAUCACAUAGAGACGUGAAGAAGAAGAAGUUGCGUGCAUGAUAUCUUUCAGUAUUUCUUACAGCGUCGUAAGUGCCACCGUGCUCUAGGUUUCAUUUUAGAAGUUAUGAUGUCUACAUGACUUAUCUUCUUAGUAUCUUUGUAGAUACUAAUGCCUUAAAACCCAUUGUACACAGAAACUCCAUACCAAAGUAGGUGACAGGCUGCUCGUUUGAUGGUUUCUUUAACCCUAAAUACUCACAAGAAUUUGUCAACAGACGAUUAAUCUAUAUUAAUUGGGUUCAUCCUUAUCUUACUGUUCAAAAUUCUUAAACUUAACCUGUUCCAUUGACAGAACAUCAGCUAAUACCCUUAUCACAUGCAGCUUUUGCCAAAAGAAACAUCCAUUUCAGGCUUAAGACAUUUCCAGGCGUUGACAUAUAUAUGAAAGAUGCAUAGCAAAUUGAUCAACUGUGCCUCAAACCCUCUUAUCUCUGCAUACUGAGAUAAUAUUAGGUCUGUUCGAGAGCCAUGCAGUCUCCUGAGCUUAAGGCCCUCUCCACUGUACCCUGAUAGAUCUUGGCAUUUUGCCAUCUCGUGCUCCUCUAAAUAAUAAAUGCCUAUCACACUCCGCACCGUCUGUCUGGCUAAAACGCUGGGAUUGCAGGACAUAGAGACCUGCGGUGUUACUAUGUCAAGCAUGUCCCAAGUGAACUGUUCCUCCUCUGCAUUUAGACAACCUGUGUUCUAGAUACUUAUAUCAUAUCAUGGAACAUGUACCAUCUAUACCCCAGAUGACCAGCUGACCCAGUGCACAAUAGACUGAAAGGAUUACAGUGCCUUCACUAGAGCUCACUAGUCACUCACCCACUCACUCCUUUCUUCUUUUCCUAGGAGAAAUAUUCAUGUUUGCAGAAGAGGCAGUGUUUGCUUUUCUUUCUGAAAAGUUAGUUCAGAAGGACAGAAAACUCAGAAUGUACAUGGAGCCCAUAAUUAGAAAGAGUCUGUUGAGUACAUUUUCAUCGAGACAACACAAAAAGGGUUGGCGCUUUAGGAAAGCUGCGAUGGAUUGAGGUAUAUGGCAGAAAUUUUCGUCUAAGUAUUUAUGGGCUAUGGUAUAAUAAAUGUUUGACUCCAUCCGAAAGAUAAAUUAUGGGAUAUUAAGGCAUCAGAAUAAUUGAUGUGGAUACCGCAGUGAGAGCGUUCUGACUGGAAAUGGAGCAAAAGACAUAGUUGUCAUUUUACCCCAACCCCAUCACCGCCUAUUGGACACAUACCAGACUGAAGACUAACUAAAGAGCAUUGCUGCGCUGCUGAUUGAGCUACUUUUCACUCCCUUUUAUCAUGUGGAUGAGUCUCUCAAAAGCCACCCAAGUAAGAGCCAAGGUGUGAUUACCGGGGUCCGGAAAAUGUUCACGAGGAUGUGACAGGAUCAAGUCAGCUGAACUGCUACGCAUUACUGUGCCUUUGCCGAACAUGGGGCUGUGUACGGUCAUUAGCUUGGAGUCUGUCGUCGUCUGUUUUUUGCACUCUCUUUUCCCCCACUUCCUCAAAGUCGAAUGAAAGCACAAGGAAUUGAUGCAAGGUGACUGGAUGUCCUCGCUGAGCCGUCUGAACAGGUGUGCAGACCCAAGAGGCCUCGUAAAAAGUCCAAACGGCCGGCGUAAUCAGGCUGUCCUAUCUGCUCCUUGAAUGGUUUCAUAAAGCUCUGUGCUCUUUGAUUAGACUGCUGCAGACCAGUCAAUGGGAUAUUGAUUUUCCUGCCCCAUUAUUACAGCUGUCACAAUCCAGCUGCUUGACUGACUGAUGCCCGCGUUCCUAUUGCACUCGUUCUGUUGUGUUACUGUCAAUGAUGUAUCAGCACUAUCCCUAUCAGACAUUUUUCAAAAGGCAUUCUCUUUUUUGUUGUGUUUUGGUUUGAUUUGACUAGACAUUUUACUGUAUUAGCUCAGUUUUCAUUGUUUAUACAAGUAUUUUGUAGUGUAGUGGUAGAUUGUGUGAUUUUGAAUUGGAGCAGUGACCUCAAACUGAUCGGCUGGUUUAUUAAUUUUUUAAGUUAAAUAUCAAAAUACUACUGUGUCAGUCUUUCCAACAGCGUCAAAGCCUUAGAAGGACCGUUGUCUGUGAUUUAUUGUGGUCUGUUGGCAGCAAUGAAAUAAGAAUUAUUCAAUAAUGUUUAAUUACCUGAAAAUAAUGAUGCAUUUCCUUUGCAUGAUACAGCACGGCUCUACCCAAUUCGAGUUCACCUUUCGGUUUUUCCAUUAGCCAAAGUUGUAUAGCGUGUACGUAUGAGGUUUUUGGUACAACCUCGCCUGUGAGUUCAAAGUGAGCUGAUUGGAUACUAAAAAGUGCUUUUUUAAAAUCCAUGAAACUCGUUUGGUCAGAACAAAUAACCACUAGUUUGACACAAGACGUCUUGCGCUAACACAACAUUUUGAAGUGGCCACGUGUCCCCCACUUUUAGAUUUUCUUAAACCAAGAUUUUUCUUUGAAAUGGUCGGCUAGACUACGGCUUAGUUUUGUUCUCGAAGGACAGCCAUGUCUCUACAGCAGCUUUGGAUAGCGUCUUUGCUUUCAGGUAACAGAUUAAGGUAAAUGGCCUCAAUUCAUCUCAAAUCCCCCAUAAACCCCCAUAUGUUACUCUACAAUUCUGAAAGGGAAGCGUUUGGGGUGGUGUCUAUUGGCCACUAAAUCCCACAAACUGGUCCUCUUAGUAGAAUAGCAGUAAACCUCUUCGGCAAAAUAGGUUGAUUUGAAUGGAAUUGCAGCAGUCAGCGGAUGCACAUUUUGACUUUGGGUUAAUCUGUGUGCCAUUAACCAUUAGCUAGCCCGGAUUAUUUGAAAUAGAGAAAGCUGUCUUUUCUGCUGUGUGGCUAUUCACAUUUAACCCACCCUCUGUCAGAAUAUAUCCAGCUCCACAAAGAACUAAGACUUAGGAAAAGUUGUGAAACAGGGUGAAAAAUACAAUAUCUAUAGAAUAAAAUGUGGGUACGAAAUUAUCAACCAAGCUAAUGAGCAUCAGUGAAGCAAGCUAACUAUCUUUGGGAGUUUAUUUUAAUGAUAGGGAUCGAAGACUGCCCGGCGUGUUCCCCACUCUCACGUUUUACCGUUAGCUCAGCAGCUACAGUACCUAGCGUGCUCGCUCUGUGCGUAGUGCCCUAGCAAAGCCCAUUUGAAAAAGACGUGCAGGUUAUUAUCAUCGCUGUGACACUUUCUGUUGUGACCGGGCCGCAAAUGAGCUUGCGUGUGCAAAUACUUGAUGCGAGUGAUGUUAAUAUUUUCGUCAAUAUCCAAAUAAGGUGGCAGAUUCCUAUUCACAGUGUUAAAAUAUGUAAUCGUUUCACUAAACUCUCAUCUUUUUUCCAUAGCUGCGAUUCAGCCUAAUGUUUCAUACCUCUGCUCUCGCUCGCACAGAAAAACAAAACCAUUGUUUCUGGCCUUGUGCUUUAAUAAAUACUACAAAGUAAAAUCUAGGAAGUGAUCAGAGCCAUCAGCUUGAAAGGUUAUUGAUCACAGAACAACAACUUAUCUAUUUAUAUCCACAAGGUCUGUUUGGUUAGAUUGGUUUCUGUGUUGAGCGUACCUGGCGCAGUGUAAAUAGCUUGCAUAUAUUUUUUAAACAUGGCCAUCAAAGACAACCUUUCUGCUUUUAUAUAGUGUGUUUUCCGACCUUAAUACUGCUGUAUUAAUCAAUGAUCUCUGUGAGAUACUGACAUGUAGAGUGGCAUUUUCAUAUUGAAAAGUAACUGUUUUGUCUUGUAUACUAAAAUUGUGCAUGUUGAUCAUUGUUUGUGAA